AUGUUCUCACAAUUGGACCACCACCACGAUUGCCAGCAAAGCACCUCACUGCUGCCAAUGCUGGGCACAAGGCACCAACACUCUCCCAAUCCAGCACCACUGGAGGCUGAGAGUAGACUGUCUGCGGUCCAGUCUGUGGCCCUCUGGCCCCAGGUCGGCCCUGGCCUGGAUCUGAGGGCCAGGGCCAAGGGCCAGAGAAGGCCAGGGCCAAGGGCCGCAUCAUCACUCCAACUCCCACCUCCAACGUCUCCCUUCCACCUCCAAUCUUCCAUCUUCUACAUCAUCAACCUCCUGUCGUCUCACACUGUUUGCCUUUGCCUUGCUGCUCGCACCAUUGCCAUUGCCCCUGCCCUCCCUCACCCUUCAUCUCGCACCGUUGCCAUCACCUUGCACCGUUGCCAUUGCUUGCUGUUGUCUCGCCCCGUCCAUCACCUUGCCCUCAUCCUCACUCACAUCAUUGCCAUUGCCUUGCUGCUUGCCACCCUCAUUCACCCUCACUCGCCCUCAUCUCACCUCCGCCAUCGCCUCCCCCUCACCUUGCUGGCAUUGCCAUCCCCUCGCCUUUGCCUCACUGCUCGCACCAUCACCAUCACCAUUACUGUCACCCCUGCCCUCACCCUCACUUGCUGUAGCUCACCCUCGCCCCCACCCUCACUCACCCUUGUUUUGCCCUCGCCUUGCACUCUCACACCAUCAUCCUCGUUUCACACUGCCCUCGUUUUGCACCCACCCUCGCCUUGCCCCUCACCUUGCCCCUCAUCUCGCACCAUUGCCAGCCUCACUCGCCGUUGCCCUCAUUUUGCACCCACCCUCGCCUCAGAAUGUCGCCCUUGUCUCACACCAUUGCCAGCCUCACUCGCCGUGGCUCACCCUCGUGUCACCAUUGCCUCGCUGCUAGCACCCGCCCUUGUCUCGCUGUCGCCUUGUCACCGCCAUUGCCCUCGUCUCACCCCACCCUCGUCUCGCUGUCACCUCAUAGAAUACCUUCUGUAUAGAGGGCCAGGGCCAGAGAAAGUUGGCCCCAGCCCCAAGAGCCAGGGUCAUGGCCAGCAAAAUAGCCUGCUGAAGAAGGGACCUAUCCCACCCCCUCCAUCCCUUGCAAACCCAUUCCUGCUAAAUGAAAAGCCAACUGCCAAGUCUAAGGACUCUACUCAGCCCCCUGCUUCUCUACUGGUUGUGGAACAAACUGCACAUCUGGAAUCAUUGCUAGACUCUGUUCUGGCAACUUUGGUCAUAAUCCAGGCUGCUGUGACAAUGCCUAUUGCUCUCAGCAACCACACCUGUGAAUCACUGUCAGUACUUGACAAGAUUGCACACACUAGUGCCAGCAAUCAUGCCCUACCCACCAGCCCACCAGUCCAGGAAGACAACCAAAGAAGUCAUAUGUAA